GUCACUGUGUAGAUUAAGCCAACCUGUAUUCUUCCAUCUUGCAACGACGAUGAACACCCUUGUACGCAAAUUUGCAAGUCCGAGCCACGAUUUAGAACUUCGUAAGGCCCACGAAGAGCUGGAAGAGGACGGCUUCACCAAUGCCAUGUGGGGUUCUUCAGCUGGCUUUGGCAACUUAAGCAAGGGUGCUCCGAUGUUCAAGCUCCCAUCUCUUGCAGACCCAACAGCUUUCCUGCGUUUACACACCGAUGACCAUGCAGACCCAUCAUGCCGGAUUAAGAUCCAGCAUGGUACCACCACUCUUGCAUUCCGUUACCAGGGCGGCGUCAUCGUCGCAGUAGACUCGCGUGCGACCGCAGGAUCAUAUAUUGCCUCUGGAACUGUCAAAAAGGUCAUCGAGAUCAACAAGUUCUUGCUUGGGACUAUGGCUGGAGGCGCAGCCGAUUGCCAGUUCUGGGAAACAUAUCUCGGCAUGCAAUGUAGAUUACACGAACUACGGAAUCACGAACGCAUAUCCGUUGCAGCAGCCAGCAAAUAUCUCUGUAAUCUCGUAUACUCUUAUAAAGGUACAGGACUCAGCAUGGGUACAAUGAUCUGCGGAUGGGACAAGACCGGCCCAGCAGUCUUCUACGUCGACUCAGACGGCCAGCGGCUGAAAGGCGACCUCUUCUCCGUCGGCUCCGGUUCGACGUUUGCAUAUGGUGUACUUGACCAGGGCUACCACUGGGACCUCACAGACGACGAAGCAAUAGAACUGGGACGUAGAAGUAUCUAUGCCGCGGGUCAUCGUGAUGCUUUCUCUGGUAACACGAUUAACGUGUACCACGUCAAAGAAGAUGGUUGGACAUUCAUUGGAAACUACGACGUCUCGAAGAUGCAUUACGAAGGUUCCGGAAACGUCCCAGGCUCAGCCGGUGUGGCAUACGGCUAUGACGUGCGAACCAGCUCAGCAACCGUCGUCGUACCUGAGUAGGGAACGAUACAUAUUUGUAUUUCAUACAUCAGUCGAAAUCAAAUU